AUGGCGUCACGGUGUGACAAUACGCGGACUGCUUGGGCGGAAAUGGGGGCGCAGUGUGACGACCCGCGGAUUGCUUGGGCGGAGAUGGGGGCGCAGUAUGACAAUACGCUGACCUCUUGGGCGGAAACGGGGGCGCAGUGUGACUACCCGCGGACUGCUGCUGCGCAUGGCGCUCAAGCAAUUGCUGCUACGAGUACUUCUGCUGCUGCUACGGAAUGGCGCUGCAUGCGCGCCUUGGGUUCGUCAACGCGGCUCGGGUUCGACCUCAACUUGCCAGUGCCAGAGGCGGAGCAAGAGGCGCAAGAGGCGCAAAAGGCGCUAUUCGCGCAAGCGACGGGAGAGACACAAAGGACGGAAUGGGCGCAAGGGGCGCACGGGGCAGAGGCGGAGCAAGACGCGGAGGAUACUGCUGAGGUUCCAGAGAGUGGGGUGAGGGAGGAUGUGUUGGGAAGUGCCUGGGCGAGUAGCGGUGUUGCUGCUGCUGAUGGUACUGGUAACGAUGAUGCUGCUGGUAACACUAAUGCAAGCAACCCUGAAGCCAGUAACAGUAACGCUGCUGGUAACGGUCGUGCUGCUGGUAACAUUGGUGCUGGUAACAGCAAUGCUGGUAUUCGUGAUGGUGCUGCCGAUGAUAACCCUGCAGAUGGUAUUCCCGAGAGUGAUACCAGUACAGUCAGCAACGGUACUGGCAGCUAUGACGACAGCAGUGACAGCGACGGCAGCAGCUACGGCACUGGGGAGAGCAAUGAUGGCGAUAAUAAUGACAAUGAUGACGAUUGUGAGUCGGAGAGCAGCUGUGCGCUGAGCUGGCAGCAGGUGACUGGUGAGAGCGACGGGGAGGGCGAGCGGGAGGGGGUGAAUGGAAUGGGGGGAGAAAAGGACUGGCAGGAAGAUGUGGUCUGGAUGGUGAAGGAAGGGGAAGGGGUAGAUGAAAGGGGGCAGCAGGGCGCACGGGGCGCACAGGGCAGCAGGGCAGCAGGGCGCGCGGGGCGCACAGGGCUGCAGGGCGCGCGGGGCGCACAGGGCAGCAGGGCAGCAGGGCGCGCGGGGCGCAGCAGGGCUGGCGGGUUGGCCACACCCGCCACCCCCAUACCCUCCCCCACUGCUGCACCCGCAGCAGAGAGAUGGGGGUCGGGGGGGGGCGGGGAGGGCAGGCAGGUGCUGCAGGUCCCCUCCCCCCACUGCCGCAUCCGCACCAGGGGGAUGGCAGAUCCCCUCCCCCCCACUGCUGCACCCGCAGCAGGGGGAGGGAGAGGAGAAAAGGGCGACGGCGCGGGGUCGCCCCUCCCGUCGCCUGUUGAGGCGACCUGA